AUGGCUCAUGCAAUGGCUCACAAAACAGGUCUACGGGGAGCCCUCUCCAAACUACGCAAGACGCAGCAACCUGCCAAAUCUACACGUGAGCCAGAGAUUCCCCUUAUCCAGGACAAAGUCUAUCCUCGUUCCAAGCGUCCUGUCUCAAAGGAUUCCCCCAUUUAUUCUGAAUUGAUGUUCCCACCCACUCCCCUCCCAAUCGUCCCCAUGGCGUCCGAUUCCAAUCUUGAUCCUCUAGUCAUGGCUUCUACUAUUUCCCAGGCCCGCCUGAAUGCUCUGCAAUCAGGAGAGGACUUGGACUUGUUUUUCCAACGGGGUAAGGACUGUAUUGAUGCUUAUGCCCAGGCCACCAAGGCCAUGAUGGAAGAUGCUUCUGCCCGCGUCAAAGAUGGAGAGGAUCCUCCAUUUGACGAGAUCGAACAGAUGAAGGAACGCUUCUUUAAAUACUGCCAGUCAAUCGUGGAGGAAGCAUUGUCCCUGGUCUCACGAGCUCGAGCCGCCAAUCACCCCCGGCAGAUCGAAGUUUCCAGCAGCUCGACCAUGCCUUCGCUGGUCUCCUCAACUUCAACCAUGACUGGAUCUGAGCCAAAAACGCCCUUGGAAUUUGGCUCACUUGCUGACAGAUCAGGAUUCUCUGAGGCAUUGCUCGCGUCUAGCGGCCAGCACCGCCUUCGUCUCUACAAUGUGAGCAGUAGCGACUGGGUCAUGGUCCCAUCGAUGCCCUCUCCCACCUCUCCAACCAAGGUUGUGGCCCCCGACGACAUGGAUCCUGUUGAGGAAUCGAUUCAUCUCGGUGUCAUCGUGCGCAUCUUCGGCAAGUUGUACACAAUGUCGAAGAUGAUGGAGACAAUUCUCUUGUAUUACGGCGCUGAGCCCGACAACUCUGAGACUAGUCUGCCAUACUGGAUCAAACGCAGCGAGCAAAACGUGCGCACUCAAAAGAUGGCUGUACUGAUUGACACUGUCGAACACCUGUAUUACGCCCUCUACGCCCGCAUUACCAUUGAGCUGGCCAGCAUUGAGCUCUGCGGUUCCUUCCGAAUCGACACUCGUGUAUUGCGAAUCGAGCUUCCGCUCCGUAUGCCAGAAGCUGAUCAUCUCUACCGCAUCGUUCUGGCAUUCAAGGAAGUGCUGGACUCUCCGGAGAUCUGCGCAAUCCUUCGGAAAGAAGUCAUCGCCUACUUCCAGCAAGGAUAUAUCAACCAGGUUACAAAAGAGAAAAGCCAGGACGAGUUCCCCCACUUUGACCCACUCGGAUAUCGCCCGUUUGCGAUGAGAACCGUCUCUUACCGACGCGGAUCCUACUGUGAGAAAUGGAGACAACUCAUUCCAUUCUUCAACUCCAUCCCAGCGGAGACCAUGGUAACCCUGUCGGAGAAAUAUCUCCUGAUGACUCCAGUGGCUAUGCCGCCUGACGACAUUCCAAUCGAGAAGCUCCCAUGGAUCCGCCCAGAGGAUGUGGGAAUGAAGGUCUGGGACACAAAUGCUGUGAAUGAUAACCGCUUGUCUGAGUUCGCCAAAAGGAAUGGUACAAGCAUCGGAGAAGAGCGCAAGAAGGAGUUAAUCCCUGACCUUUACUACCAGGUCAGGCAACGAAAGUGCAUUUGCGACUCUAUCUGCGCAUGUUCCUGGGAGUGUACCUACGAGGUGGAGCGCGCCUGCCCUUGUGCGGAACGACAUCUACGCAUCAUGGUGACCAAGCGUCGACUCGCAUACAGACGGAAGAAUGGACCUACUUUCGCCGCUACUGCUUCUACCACUGCUCGCAUGUUCUUCGAUGGUCUAACUGAGCUCAGCCGUGAUGUCAAGGAUGCUGAUAUCGCCAAUGAAUUGGAGAAUGCUUUUGAAUUGUUCUCUCUGUUAAUCUCCGCCGAACGCGAUAUGACUCCCAAGGGAGACUCCCAGACAAGUUUCUAA